AUGUCGGAUUUGAGGGAAAAACAACUAUCAGCAGCUCUUUUACUAAAAAAUGCUUUUGACAUACCUCGAGUGAAUGAAGCAGAAAUAGCCAAUCAAGUUUUUCCUCCCAGAGCCGAAGACACUCGAGAACAUGAUCGAACCGUGGUUAAUAGUGGGAUUGCUAAAUUACGGAAAGUGAAUGCCGCGCCAUAUAGAGCAGUUCUAACAGAAGUGGAAUUCCUCAGAAGCUCAGAUCUGAAAAGACCCGAUUCACAUGCUUCAUUCCUAUUCUCUUGUAGAAAAAACCAUGUUUAUCGCUGUAAGCAAGAAAUAUCCGACCCUAACAGAGAUCCGUCCACACCACUUGGUUCCGGUUCACAUUCACCUUUCUUACGACGAUCAGCAAGUCGUGACCCUAUCAGAGACAAAAUUAAAGAAGAAGUCUGCUCACCUUCUCCACUUCUACAGUCAAACGGAACUCCAGUGUAUCGUUCAAGAUCCCGAUCAAACCUGCGUUCACACUCGACUUUAUCCGGAACUGAAAACUAUCCGAUGACGAGAAACUCUGUCGAAAAGCAAAGUUCUGUGAUCAAUCCUCUCUAUGAACGAAGCAAUGUUCAUCCAAAAAGCAGCAGUUUCUUUUCAACUCCCUUAAAUAAUCAUGCUGAUAAUCGUAUGCCGAAGACGGAUCCUAUAAAGCAGAACAUGUUGUCUUACCGAGAGCCACCAAGUUAUGCCUCUUCCUCUACAAAAGUAGUUGUUACUGGGCAACCUGCUUAUGUUCCCCUGGAUGAGUUGUGUAAAGAGCUACGUGGGGCCUUACAUGGCAUAACCGGAAAGUACUUUGUGGAUGAUGGCUGCGGUAAUAUCAUUAUCUCACUAACUUGUGCAAUAUCUGAUCCUCACCGUCAACUAGUAAACGACUUACUAACCUUAGCUAAUACUUAUAUAGAACUUAAACGCCGAGUACAAACCACAGAGGAAGAAACCGUGUCUUCGGCUCUGUUGUAUGGUAUAUCUCAGAAGUUAGAUGAAUAUGCGACUGCCGUUUGUGAUAUCAGUCUUCGGACUCCUAACCAUUUGCUUCUCGUGAAAAUCUCAUUAGAAUGUGUUCAUUGGAGCAAAUACCUAGCCGUUCUUUCAACUCUCACCGCCAUAGCAAAGGGACAAUCUUCAAUCGAAAUACUAAACAAUGCCUUCUUCUACUUAAAAUCAACUUUAUUCACGGUUCAUGAGAGGACUGUCCACUCUUGCGUUACUACUUCGUUCCGAAUCUUCUGUUCGUCUCUCCGACGCUGGCUCAUGAAAGGUGAAAUUGCUCCGAACGACGAGUGGAUGAUAACGGCGGAUAAAGAAGGGGGAUACCAUGUAACAGAAUAUCCUAAAUUCCUUGAUAGAGACUUAUGCGACAAGAUUCACAAAAUCGGAGUAUCGCAACACCUCGUAACAAGUGAAGAUAUAACCGAGCUUCACAAAUUCCAUGCUAUGAUUGACAAAGAGUUAUGUCCAGAGCUUAUAUUGAACCCAGAUCGUCUCAUCGAAAUAGUUAAUGCUAUGUCUAAACUCAUCGGAAAAGUAGUCAUAAGUCGCUUGAAGGAUGAAGGAAGACUCAUAGAGCAUUUGAAUAUUCUGAAACAAUUCCUUCUUCUGGAAGAUCCGUUCUUCACUGGAGCUCUUUACGAUAAGCUCAUGGAAUGUUCGCAUGGACUGCAGACGUCCAUCUCUAAAAGUGAUGCUUCCGCUGCUUUCGUAUGGGCGAUUUCGAAGUCUCCUUACAGACCCAAGACCAAUUCCUGUGUGAAAAUUGACAUUUUACAAUCUACUGGAACUUCCCCUAACUCCUCAUCGCGCUUACAAUUCGUACAACCACUUAGUCCCGUCUACCAUGUCCAAGGAAUCGCUGCCAAAGUUUUCGUCAAAACUAAUGAGUGUUAUGACUUGCUUUUCCACUUUAUAUGGUCUGUAGAGCUUUCUGUAGCCAAUAUAAAAGACGCGUUCGAUAAAUUGAGAACCAUCGUUUGUCGGGACAAGAAGCGAACUGAAAUUCGUAUGUUCGAAAGGCUGUGUCUAAGAAUCGUUAACAAAUUCUCGCGAAUCUUAUUCCACAUCCGUCAAUACACUUCUCAAAUGGUCCAAACGCAGUACUCUUACAUGCUAGCGAGAUUGGAAAACGUAGCCGAUAUUGAAUCCGCUUCGGUUAUUCAUCAGAAAUUCCUCUCUAACUUGAAGACAGCGUUCUUCUGCGAUGGAAAUCAUGACACUGCUUGUAACCUUAUUGCCACAAUCCUUCAUUUGUCCUAUGACUUAACGAAAAUAGUAACAGAAUAUAAUAUGGAUGUUUCUUCACAGCAGAAGGAAUCGACAACGACAAAUGAAGCGGGAAAUAUGGACACUCUUCGAGAGUUUGAGGAAGUCGAAAAACGUAUAGACAUAGAUUCCCAGCUUAUAGGAAAUAGAAGAUCAAAGAUUAAAGUCAUCGAAGCCUCAAUCACAAAAACCAUGAAGGACGUUUCAUCCUGGAUACCAAUCUUCAAAGCAUUGUAA